AUGGCCAUCAAAGCCGACCCCAGCGAUACGAAAUUCACAGUGUUCAUCCGCUUGCCCUUCCCAAGAGGCGAUUUUGUCGACCCACCACCAGUGGAAUGGGAUGCAUACAAAGACCAAGCGCUUUGGGAUAUCCUUUCGCGCCCAUCGAAAGGAGACAUAGAUUGGAAAGCGCUUGCAGAGAACUUUGAGGUUACCUUGCAAUUUUUACUUCAGCAAGCUGCCUGGCUCUAUGAUCGACAGUUGUCUCAGGUCCGGGCUCAGAUACGCAAAGUUGGUACUACGCAGUCGAAUUCGCCUUCUCCGGCUCCUGGGUCUGUCUCUGGGAGUACGGCUUUGGGUGGGCAGGUGCAGAAGGAUGUGCCGGUGACAGGACCUCGAGGAGCGACGAGACAGGGGUCUCAGCAGAAGGAUAUCCCGCGACGAUCUCUUGAUGAUCGGCGCACUAGUACCCCGACUAUGGCUGGAACACAGCAACGCGGGCCGCAAGACCCUACUCGCACUGACACACCCACAGCUGAGGAGAAAGACUCUCACUGGGAUUCCCUAGGCCGUCAUCCUUCGGUCGCCCGACGGGAACAGCCUCCCGCAUCUGUGCUCCGAUCACCCCCGCUGGAGGAAGAAGAUCUAUCUUCUAGCCCCUCGGAGGAAUCUGACUCCGAUGAAGAGACCAGCAGACGCAUGCCCCGGUUCAAACGAUUUGGCAAAUUCUCUACGCAGCGCUCCGGUCUCCGGGAUGAUGAAGAUGACGAAGACGACACUCCGGCAUUCCUCCCUCUUGUUCGGGAAAACGAACAAACCCAACGCGAACGACCCGCACAAGAACUCAGCGCUACUCUUCGCUUAGGUGCCGAACGAGCAGCGCAACGACGACGCGGCACAGAGCGCCCCGGUCCUAUAAUUCCUGCAACAGAUUCAUCCACUAGCUCCAUAAGUUCCGGAGCUCCGGUCAGUCUAUCCCCCAGAGACAGCAGACGGAUGGACCCCACUGCACCAUCCCUGAACACCCAGCGACUCCCCGAAUCCCGUCAGAACUCCCGCAAGUCUACCGCAUCCGGGCGCGAGACUAGUGAUGGUACCCCCAGCAUGGGAAGCAGCUUUAGUGAUCUUGACGGUGCGUACCCUGACCCCGAGGACCUUGGGUUCCUACUGAUCGACCCUGCCAUAGAUGCAAGCGUUACCCAAUCUGCCCUGGAGGAAGCUCUUCUGAGUAACAUGCAGCAUGGAGGGAUGGCAAGCCGGAUGAGCACAAUCAGCCAGGCACUUCGCAGUCGCUAUCUGCAGUGA